UCUCUAACCAGCAGCUGUUUGUGCUUAGAUUUGCAAUAAAUUCACAAUUUACUUAAUUUCUUCUAAAAUAUUAAAUUAAUUGUUUGCAAAGCGCUCCCCUAAGAUGUCGGAUGACUUGCCGGACCAGUUCGACCUGGUGGUCAUAGGCACAGGUUUCAUCGAGUCCUGCAUUGCCGCGGCAGCCAGCAGAGUAGGGAAGUCAGUGCUGCACCUCGACCACAAUGAGUACUACGGCGAUGUUUGGGGCUCCUUUACCAUCGACGGCCUGUGUGAGCGCUUGAGCAAGGAGUGCGGAGCCCACUCAACGUUGCGAAAUUGCAGUUACACCUGGCACGGCUCGGAGAAGGAACCCGAGACGGAAGCCAUGGAAGUCCAGGGCGGAGAACAGAAAUGGAACCGUGAAACCAUGCUGGCCAAAUCUCGUCGCUUUAGUCUGGACCUCUGCCCACGCAUCCUGUACGCCUCUGGGGAGCUGGUGCGGCUACUCAUUAAGUCGAACAUCUGUCGCUACGCCGAGUUUCGAGCCGUGGAUCAUGUGUGCAUGCGGCACAACGGUGAGAUCGUGUCAGUGCCCUGUUCCCGCAGCGAUGUAUUCAACACGAAAACGCUGACCAUUGUGGAGAAGCGACUGCUGAUGAAGUUCCUCACCGCUUGCAACGACUACGGCGAGGAUAAGUGCAAUGAGGACUCGCUGGCCUUCCGCGGCCGCACCUUUCUGGAGUACCUGCAGGCACAGCGGGUGACUGAGAAGAUCUCUUCGUGCGUUAUGCAGGCGAUCGCUAUGUGUGGCCCCGACACCACCUUCGAGGAGGGCAUGCAGCGUACGCAGCGAUUUCUGGGCAGUCUCGGUCGCUACGGCAACACACCCUUCCUCUUUCCCAUGUACGGCUGCGGGGAGCUGCCGCAAUGCUUCUGUCGAUUGUGUGCCGUCUAUGGUGGUAUCUACUGCCUGAAGCGAACUGUAGAGGACAUUGGUCUGGACGAAAAUACAAAUGAAUUUGUGCUGAGCAGCGCGGGGAAAACUGUGCGUGCCAAGAAUGUGGUAUCCGCUCCAGGUUAUCCUCCCGUUUCCAGCGGCACUGAAAUGAAGCCUCACAUAUCACGCGGCCUGUUCGUGUCCGCCAGUCCCUUGGGCAACGAAGAGCUCAAUAAGGGCGGCGGUGGCGUGAAUUUACUGCGACUUGUGGAGGCGGAAGGAGGACGAGAGGCCAUCCUGAUACAGCUGUCCCAUUACACGGGGGCCUGUCCAGAGGGAUUGUACAUCUUUCACCUGACCACGCCUGCUAUAAGCGAGGAUCCUGCCACCGAUCUAGCUGCCUUCACUAGCCAACUCUUCGAGCAAUCCGGCUCGGAUAUUAUAUUCAGCUCCUAUUUCACAAUUGCUACCCAAUCCAGUACAAGUACCGCCGGCGAGCACAUUUACUACACGGAUGCGCCUACUUACGAGGUGGAUUACGAUGCUGCCAUUGCUAAUGCCCGGUUCAUAUUUGGCAAGCUUUUCGCUGACGCUGAAUUCCUGCCGCGUGCCCCGGAUCCUGAGGAGAUUGUCGUGGAUGGCGAGGACCCCAGUGCCUUAAACGAGCACAGUUUGCCCGAGGAUUUGCGGGCGCAACUGAAGGACAUGCAGCAGGCCACUCAGGAAAUGGAUAUUCAAGACUAGAUGGAGGAAUAAUUAUAGGUCACAACGUUGCUGAUAGGUUAAACGAAGUUUUAAUCGAGUUUGUAUACAAUUCUUGCUUCAUAUAUUCCUUUAUAUUUAUUGUGUAAAUUAUUUAUAAUCGCUAAAAGUCUAGGUAUAUAUAAAUGUUUUUAUGUGAGUGCUUCUGUGCAUUUUGCUUUGAGAAAUAUAUAUAUCUUUUCGAAAAAUA